AUGCCUCUUGUCUGCACAAGCGACAGCACGCUCGGCACCAGUCCCUGCUGUACUGACGUCCUCGCAGCAGCAGGAAGCAUCGGCCUGCUCGAGAAGGAGGAGGAAGUAGAAGAGAGUAUCGCCUGGGAGAAACUACGCGUCUGCGCGACGACACCGGCGGGGCGGACGGCGGCAGAGGAGGAGAAGGAGAGCAGGCGCAUCGACGAGGCGAGGGACCGCAUGGCCGUUGCGUGCGACAAGAGCGAGGACAUUUCUUUUGGAGGUGCGCGCGGUGUGCGAGGGAUUGAUCGAUGGUGA